GUCUUCACUGUCACUGAUGCAAAAGCACAAUAAAGUUUUUUAAUCUGCGAAAAAAAGGCUAGCAGUUUUGUUGCUAGUGUAGUCUGUUCUGUAGUUUCUGACACAGAGUACUAACGAACAUCAGUCUGCUAAUCAAACAAGAAAAUGUCAUCAGACUCGGAGCAGCCAUGGUGGAAGCCAAGGAAACACGCACCGGGUCUAAGAGGCGUGUACCAGAUGUUUCCUCAAGUCGCGAGGAUAGGGACCGACUACAUGUACAUGCCGGAUUAUUUUAUGGCGGGCACUAAUUAUAUCAGAGGCUCCAAUGUACUCGAAAGCUAAAAAUAUACGAGUUACUGACUGAAAUAGGAGAGUCUUGACUACAUUCCUCUUCUUUCAGAAGUAUCUCCCUUAUUUUAAGUAGUUACUCGCUUAUUUCAGUUUAUCGAAUACUACAAGAGCAGCUGCCUCUUUCAUUCUCCGCCGAGAAGGACUUCAACCUGGGACGGUGGCUAAUGAGGACAUCCAUGCGCAUGAUUUCAAGUGCAUGGUCACGAAUCACAUAGGUCCACUAGCGGGAGCUAUAAGUGGUAUUAUUACAACUAAAUCUAGUACCUGCUCCAUGCUACUCCAUGCGUUCCAUGCACUCCAUGCACCCCAUGCCAUGCGCGGCCCGGCGAAACCUUAGAAUUAGAAACUGCUCUGAUAUAUACCUCUUCCUUUUUUCUCUCUUUCCUAUGGAGGUUGGCUCCACCACAAACUAAAUGUAGUUUUAAAAGUUGUCUGGCCAUGAUCAUUAAAUGAUGUUGUAGUAUUGAGAUUCAUCGUAGUUGUCGUAGGAGGCAAUUUUUGCAUUUGCUGGUGCCAAGACUAGAUGACAACUAUGUAUUGAUGAAGUCGUGGGGUGUUAGAACGAGUUCACGACCUCCUAGCAAAACUAACAACAUGCUGAAGCAGGAGAAGGAACUGAAACACUGAAUUUUUGGGAGGAGUAAUGGUCAAGAGUGUCAAGCACCAAUGAAGACGAGUCACAGCACAUCAUCACUCACAUAUAUUUAUCAAGACACUUCACUCAAUCUCAAUCAUAUAUUUAUAUAUAAGACACUUCACAUAUAUUUAGAAAGACAGGCACAUCAAUCAAUCAGUCAAUCAACCACUACGUUUCUUACUUGAAGAUACAAUCAUGAUGAUCCCUGCUCACAUGCAAAAACAGACUACGUCCCUUACUGGAUAUCGGAGCUCUGCUUGCUGGUUAUCGUCUCCAUAUUCUGGAACACGAUCUUUUUCCGGCAUUCCCAUCAUGUCUUUAUGUAAGGGGAUUUAUGAAAAUUAUAUGAAACGAAAAAGUGCACUCACACUCAAGAAAGUGGGUAGGAUUUAUAAGUAGGAAAGUAGCCGCUUUUUUUGAGUGUAAGUGCACAUUUUUCUUUCAUGUAGUACUGUGUACUUGUUGUUGUACUGUACGGUGUACAUGUACAUCAGCAUCAUGUUUUUUAAUAUUUUCUUGAAGUUGGCAGACAUUCGCAAGGAGCUUAAUAUAAGCGGUUAGCACAAGAAUAUCUUCAUGGAGGAGUAGAGUCUUCUCAAUGAAUCUGUAUGACCGAGAGAAAACGUGUCAAUGCCAGACAGACUAACAAAGACCAGGAAAGACCUUCGCCUUCCUCCCCUACAUCUCUAAGAUCUUCGUGGAUAUGUUUUUGUUGCGAACAAAGUACCCAAGCCUCUUCGAAAUGAUGGCCGACAAAGAGAGGCAAAUCGGCUUUUAUCAAGAACGAAGAAGAGCCCUCGGACCAAACGCCGUGGACAGGCCUGGAGAAAGCCUGAAGUUUCCGCAGAGGUAGCGAUUGUGAUUCCUCUUAGUGUUGUUGUAAUGGGAUUUUUGCUAAGUAAUUGGAAUCUUACUUCACUCACUCCUAAUCUUAAUCAUCUCCCACCUCCAUACUUUCUACUUAAAUCUUCACUCCAGGUAUGACAUUUUCGAUCCCUCCUCUUUGCCGAUCGGAAAAGAACCGCAACUCUGCACGGCGCGUUCAACUGUUUCUACUGCAGGUAUUUAUCCGUGAUAAGUGAACAGGCCAACGCCUAAACCACUAAGCCAACUGCGCAGUUGGCUUAGUGGUUUAGGCGUUGGCCUGUUCACUUAUCAAUCCGCAUCAACUUUCAUUGAAGGACUAUUUCAACAAGUCUGGGAUUUUUCUACAUAGCUCUUAAGGAAAAAUGAUUGUAAUUGUAUGAAGAAUGAAACUUGCAGUAUGGUUCCGGUAUUUGGUAACAGGGAAAUCAAGGCCAUCAACUACCAACAGCCACCGCCUCCCCAGACGUUUCCACCUCAUCGUGCUCAUCGUCGGAUGACGAUCGGAGUUCGGAGAAUGAAAGCGAACAAAGUCCAUCAAAACAAGGCUUGGGACCACUAGGCUUUGCCUCAGCAGGAGACACUGUUGCUGCACCUGCAAAGCCAGUGAACACAGUGUUAUGAGGAAGGAUGGAUGAAGAUCAAGAACCAGGAUAUUAACAUAACAAAAAAAAUCUAAUGAGAAUAAGUAUAUUAACAUAACAAAAAAAAUCUAAUGUUAAUGAGUAUGUUGGACUUAAUUCACUACACCAGACGGGCUUCUAAGCGAUCUUCAUCAAAGGAUCUCAUUGAGCAAAAAUGCUCGAACCCCUCAUGUUCAGAGGAUGAAGCGACGACUGCAAGUAGCGGAGAAGAGAGCGUCAACAAUGAUACAACUGGUAAUAUAGCAACUGGUGUCGCUGCAGGCUCUGCUCGCAAAGCAGAAGACACAUCACCAUCAACUGUCACUUCUACAUCAACUGUCACAACUUCUGUAUCUUCAAGUAAGAACAACGUGGUAGAUCAUGCCGCGAAAGAGCAGAAAGGAGGAUCUUCUUCAUCGACGAAACCUGUCGUUCGCAUGUUCCCUUUAGUUAAGGGUUUCGACAUUGCAUUCCUCACUACCAUCCUCCAUGCAUUUUGCAGUAGGAGGAGGAUCAAGGAUGAGCUGAGGAAUGCAAUAUCGCAACCUCUACAGCAGUCGAAGACAUGGAAUUCGUUGACCUUAGUGUGGACACUUUUCCAGUCUUCGUGAAGCCAAAGAAAGGCGCCUAUGGGGAAGACUGCCACAUCCGGGACUUGGUGAGUAUUGUGAUUAAGGCGAGUACAACACUAACGAGAUUAUACGACCGAGCGACGUAUCAUCUACUUACAUUAUCGAAACACCUACAACAUUUUUUGCUGAGAAAUACAUAUUUAAAUUACGAUCUCUACUUCUAGAGAGGUAGCUAUCUAAUCCCAAGAACAGAGGCAAAGGGGAAUGGUCGGAUAAGCGGUUGAACUUCCUUUUGUUCGAACAGCUCCUGCAGAAUUCGACACGUCUGCAGCAUGCAAUGAAACAAGCAGGGAUAACGAAAUGUACUUCGUGCUAUACUCAAGAAAAGAAGGAGCUUGUGCUUGAGCUUGAUGGCUAUAAAGUUAAUGCUAAUCCUCCUAAUGUAGUUGCUAUUCUGCUUUAUCUUUUUUGGAAACACUUACAUACUCAAUACUCCUUCAUCGAAUUAUGUUCCCAUUUUCUAACCCCUUUUUGUUUCAGAAAGAAGUACUCCUCCAUGCGUAUCUCCAUCAACAGCCCUGACCCAUCCUCUGGUGACUCUCCGUGUGUGGACGAAACGGUAUCGUGGAGCAGAGCAGCGGGACGAAUUUUUGGCGGCCCUUUUAGUUGGGCAGGCGGGAGAGGAUAUCUCGAAUAGCAAACAGAAUUCCUGUUACAAGAUCGAACCGAUACCGGAAAAUGCGAAGUUGAUUGAAGUUAUGCUUGAUGUUAUCGAGGUUCUAGUAGUACUGUAAAGUAUCUUCUGAGUAGUAUUGUGGAUGGUAAGAGGUAUCUUCAUGCGACACUAUCAUUGUUCAACAUCAAUGGAGGUCGUCUGUUGUGUACAGUAAGUAUCUAUACUUUUUUCUACCACGACAGCGGACCUGUUCUAACCAAAAGUAUCCACCUACCAAGCCGACUACAACACAAAGCCCUAGCAGCGCACUGACCACAUACGGUAUCCGCAUUCCACGACCUAGUAGCUCCUCGAAUAAAAAAAGAACUACUCCUAUGCAAGGAAAAAGUGCACUCACACUCAAGAAAGUAGCUACAUUCCCACUUGAAUUCUAGUCAAUUUCUUGUGUCUGAGUGCACUUUUUCCUUUCAUAACUCCUAGUGCUAGUGCUUCUUCUUGGCUUCCGAUCCCCGAAUUUGUUGACGUGCUGAAGAGUGUCCAGUGGCUGCACGACCAAACUCCUGAAAUCCCAAUGUUAGGAAGUGACUUCGCACUGUGUGAUGAUGGCCACUACUUGCUGGAAGUGAAUCCGAUGUGCUCUUUUGUCCGAUAUGCGCAUGUCAUAGGCGAGUUCUAUACGGUCAAGGAAGUCGAUGAGUACUGCAGGGCACAAGAGACACCAUGGGAGGUGCUGUAG